CGAAGCUAUAAGAACACAGUUCAGCAUCCUCUAAUGAAAGACAUUCUUCUUCAUCUUCUAUCUAUUUAUUAAAAUGGAUUCCAAAACAGACAACCCCUCCUGUCUCCUCUACGGACCACUAGAUGCCCGCUUCGAAAACCGACCCGUUCCCACCCUCGACAAUCCCCACGAUGUCAUCGUCAAAAUCGCCUACACAGGCGUCUGCGGCAGCGAUGUCCACUUCUGGCUCCGCGGUGGAAUCCGCACCUUCGUCUCCCCAUCCCAACCCCUAACAAUGGGCCACGAAGCAUCCGGCACCAUCCACGCCGUCGGCUCAGCCGUGACCUCCCUCAGUCCCGGCGACAAAGUCGCCAUCGAGCCCGGCUACCCGUGUCGACGGUGCGAGCGGUGCAAAAUCGGACGAUACAAUCUCUGUCCGGAGAUGAAAUUCGCCGCAGACCCGCCCAAGCUGCACGGGACGCUGAGUCGGUAUUUCCGCCUCCCUGCGGAUUUCUGCUACAGGGUUCCUGCCGGAAUUGGGCUGGACGAGGCGGUGUUGAUGGAGCCGUUGGCGGUGGGCGUGCAUGCGGUCCGGCAGGCGGAUGUGAGGAUCGGACAGAAGGUGGUUGUGUUUGGGGCUGGGACGGUGGGAUUGUUCACGGCGGCUGUGGCGAGGGAGUUUGGGGCGGGGAUUGUGGUUUCGGUGGAUGUCUUGGAGAGGAAGGUUGCGUUUGCGAGGGAGUUUGUGGGGGAGGGGGUGAGCAGGACGACGAUUCCGGAUUUGGGGCGUAGUGCCGAGGAGAAUGCGGCUCGUCUUGUGGAGGAGUGUGGAUUGGGUGAAGGGGCUGAUAUCGCUAUUGAUGCGUCUGGGGCGGAGUUGUCUAUCAAUACGGCUAUCUUUGCGCUGCGGAAGGGAGGCACGUAUGUGCAGGCUGGGAUGGGGAAGCGCAAGAUUGAAUUCCCGAUAUCGGAAAUGUGUGAGAAGGAAAUCACGGCGAAGGGGUGUUUUCGGUAUGGCGCUGGGGAUUUCGAUCUGGGGAUUCAUCUGGUUGGGCAGGGCAAGUUGAAGCUGGCUGGGUUGGUGAGCAAUGUGUUUCCGUUUGAAGCUGCUACGGAGGCAUGGGAGGCUGCCAAACGGGGAGAGGGGAUUAAGACGUUGAUCAGGGGGCCAGAUUAACUGCAUAUGUUUGUUCAUGUCUUCUACAUCUGAUAUGAAAUGUCAAACUAACUAGGCUCCAAACUCGGAUCAGUAAGCCGGAU